UUUACGUCAUCGUCAACAGUUGCCAUGUCUGCAUGACUGUAGGCAACCUUAUGCGAACGUUUUCGAUCGAUAUUUCAAAUAUUCGAUCAACAUGGAGAAACAUAUGUUAGUUUUUGCCAUUUUUUUAACACAGUAUUCAUCAUUAUGUUUUAAUUACAAAAAAUUACCACUGUUAAUGCCCGAUGUACAACCAAAGCAGAAAGAAACUUAUUUAUGUGUAGCUUAUAAAAUGAAUAAGAACGAACACGAAAAUAUAGUUAAAUUCGAACCUAACGCAACAAUGCACGUCGCUCAUCAUAUUUUGAUUUACGGUUGCCUCGAACCCGGUUACGUUCAAAGAGACACACCCAGAUUUGUUUGGAACUGUGGCGAAAUGGCGGGUUCCAAAUCGGAAUAUGUUUCAGCGCCCACAUGUGCAUCAGGCUCUCAGGUUAUAUAUGCCUGGGCUCGUGAUGCACCACCACUGGAUUUACCCGAUGGUGUGGGCUUCAAAGUAGGAAAAGGAAGCGGAAUUAAUUAUUUAGUUCUACAAGUUCAUUAUGCAGACGUUACUCGAUUUAUAAAUGGAGGAACAGAUAAUUCUGGAAUAAUUAUAACGUUACUUCCUGGUACUGAUCCAAGUGUUACGAAACGAGCCGGAGUGUACUUAUUAGGAACGGGUGGCUACGCUCGUCCUGAAUCAGAAGAACGGUUUGAAACAGCUUGUAAAAUUGAUAAACCACUUAUUCUUCAUCCGUUUGCUUUUAGGACGCAUACACAUGCCCUUGGUAAAGUGGUUUCUGGUUAUGUUAUUAAAGGAAAAGAUGGAAGCUGGAAAUUAAUAGGAAAACAUAAUCCUUUAGAACCUCAGAUGUUUUAUCCGGUGGAAGACAAAAAUUUAAUUAUUGAACAAGGCGAUGUAUUGGCCGCUAGAUGUACAAUGUACAAUUUUAGAGAUCGAAUAACAUCCGUUGGAGCAACUGCCGAAGACGAGAUGUGUAAUUUCUAUAUGAUGUAUUACGUAAACGGAAAUGAUAUUUUAGAUGACAAAUAUUGUUUCUCCAUGGGUCCUCCCGGAUAUUACUGGAAGAAUGAUAUAUUGAUAGAUAAAAUUCCUGAAUGGGUUGAAGAAGAUGCAAGUUCAUUAAGAAAAUGAAAUUGUGAUUAUCUUCCUAUUUACUGUUGUAAAAACAAACAACUAUUACAUAAUAAUUUUUAACUAGUUAUUUAUUUAUUUAUGUAAAAGUUUUUUGAAAUAUUUCUCUAUUAUUAUAUUAAAUAUAAAAGAAAAACACAAAAUUCUAAUCCAAAAAUGUUAUCUUUUAAGGUUUUAAAGUUCCUGAAUUUUAUUUACGAGAAACUUCCUUUUUUUCAGUCUAAAAACUGUAAUUUAAUGUCAAAUAUAUUUUAAUUUUUUCAAAAAGAAUGUAAAUAAAAUAUAUUUAUGAAUUACUGAAAUUAAUUUGAUUUGUUGAAUUAAGAAGUACAGUAUGUUUAAGA